GCAGUAGAAGUGAGCUCCACUCUUACUAGUGCGUGUGUGUGUGUAGCCUUGAGUUCACGUCCUCUUCUGCUAGUAUAGCUAGCUUGCACUGGCUGUAGUCUAGCCGUGUAUCCUCUGUGUUAGACUAGGUAGUUCCAUACCGUAUGCACCUUGUAUAGCUCGCCAUACGGUAUACUAUGGAUCAUGCAGCAGUUGUAUAGCUAGUGGUGCACGUCCUGAGGUAGUGGCAUACCCACGAUCUUGGCUCGGCUGAUGACAGCAACCUGUACUUAAACCCAGCCUCUGAGCAUAAUCGAUGUGUGUUGAAUCCCAAUCUUUCUCCUCUCCUCAACAUGGUAUCAGAUACCCGCGACCAGAACCCUUUUGCUCCGGUCGCCGAUUCCGCUUCCGCCAUGGACGACAACCCCGUCCUCUCCCCUCGUUCCUCUGUCGACGGUGCGGCCGGCGUCCUCAACGCCGCUCCUCUCCAGCACGUCGACCCACCCGCGCCGGCCGCGCCCGCCGCGCCUGCCGCGCCACCUCCCUCCUUUCCCUCCGCCAUCCUCCAGACCGUCGACAUCCGUCGCCAUGUUCCUGUCGUCCUCGAUCUCCUCGCCGGCAACCACGCUCAGUGGCGGCGCCACUUCGACACGGUGCUUGGCAUGUUCGGCCUACGUGCGCACGUCGACGCCGAGGCGGUUCCACGCCCCACCGACCCCGAGUGGCAGAUGGCCGACCACACCGUCAUCCACUGGCUGUAUGCCACCAUCUCGCCGGAGCUCCUCGAUGCGAUCAUGCAGCCCGAGGACACGGCCCGCAGCGUGUGGCUCGCCGUCGACGAGCUCUUCCGCAACAACCAGAUGGCCCGCGCGGUGUACGUCGACGCUGAGUACCACGCCAUUGUCCAGGGCGACAUGACGGUGAUGCAAUUCUGCACCAAGCUCAAGACCUUCGCUGACCAACUCCGUGAUCUGGGCCAGCCGGUGACUGACCCACGGCAGGUCUUCCAUCUCCUCCGCGGCCUCAACCGCCAGUACCACGCCGUCAUCCCGCACAUCACCUGCCAGAACCCGCUCCCGACGUUUCUCCAGGUGCGCUCCUUCCUUCUUUUGGAGGAGCAUCGUGCUGAGCAGGCGGCUCGGCAGCAGUCUGCCCACGCUCUCUACGCUGGGCGCGGCUCCCCCGCACCUACUACACCAACUCCUUUGCCGCUUGCAGACGCCGCGCGUGGCCGUGGCCGCUCGCGCCGUCGCGGCCGCGGGAACGGCAGCGCCCCUGCACCACCCACUGGCGCGCCACCGCGUCCACCUACCUACCCCGCGCCGGCUCCUGGUGCCAACUCCUGGACGGGGCUCGUCCAGGCCUGGCCCACGCCCUGGCGCGCUCCGGGCGCCGGCAUCCUCGGACCGCGCCCCGGCACGCCUCACCAGCAGGCCAUGUUCGCCGCGCCUACGCCGCCCGGCUACGGCGCCCCUGGUGGACCGCCUCCUGGCUACGGCUAUCCUGGCGGCCCCUUCCAUGGCUAUGGCUCCCCGGGCGCCAGCUCGUCCACCGUGCCAUCGCCUCAGCCAUGGGACAUGCAGUCCCUCCAGGCGGCGCUCCACAGUGCCACGGCCGGGCCUUCUUCGUCGGGCACGGCUUCCGAAUGGUACCUCGACUCCGGGGCCUCCUCUCACAUGUCCUCAUCGCCUGGACCUUCGAACCAAGGUGGUGAUCCUCCGAUGUGACUCUGACGGUGAUCUCUACUCUGUUGGUCGCCCGACGCUCCCCUCGCGUUCGGCCUUCGCCGGUUUCGUCGACUCCACCUUGUGGCAUCAGCGGCUCGGGCACGCUUCGCUCCGUCUGGGCGCCGAUCUUCUUAGCUUCAGCAAGUCCACCCCCCAUUCGUGUCAUGCAUGUAGUUUGGGCAAGCACGUCCGCCUGCCAUUUAGCAGCUCUACCAGCACCAGCAUGUUUCCCUUUCAUGUACUGCAUCUUGAUGUAUGGACAUCUCCUGUUGCGAGCAUCUCUGGCUAUCAGUUUUAUUUGGUUGUGCUAGAUGACUACACACAUUACGUGUGGACGUUUCCCCUCAAACACAAAUAAGUGCUCC